AUGUCGUUCUACCACCAGAACCAGUACUCACCAUCCCAUACUCAGUACGGCGCCACCUUCGGCACCAGAGUACUCCCCGAGGUCUACUUCUCCACAGUCAGCGAGUCAUAUCCGCCAACGAUGGGGCUGUACCCUAACCAGCGCCUCGACCCACCCUGGGCUGAAGUCCGUGAUCGCAUUGACUAUGGCUUCCACAUGGGCAAUGAAGUCGCAGUGUCCAGCGCCCCCGGGAUGGGCCAUUAUAGCGCACCUGCCCAGCCAUCAUGGUCACAGAUGAGCUGGAUGUCGCCAUCCAGCGAGUUAUCCGUGUGGCCUCUUGAUGAUAACCAUGUCAGUGUUGCAAUUGCUUUCAGUAUCAUGCGGUGCCGCUCACCUAUGCGAAUGUCUAGGAUACGAGCAAUGCUGCCAGCACCCCCAUCAUCUCACCUGGCCACAGGAUCGGCCACGGCGGUCACAGCUACUGAAACAGAGAGAUCACCGCCAGAUCCAUGGGGGGGUGUGGUACUCGGCAUCAAACCUAAGAUCACGAUGGUCAUCGUCGGGAAAAGGCACCAUGUCCGCUUCUUCCCUACAGGAUCAAGCGACAAAAGUGACCGUCGGUCUCGAGAAAGAGGCUCCUCGAGACAGACAAGGCCUGGCAAGCAUACCAUUGGCACAUCGCGAAGCUCAACCCGAUCAGCAAAGCGAAGGACUAAUGCUACGCAGGCCAGGCAAAAGCCAAAGAUUGCGGGUGACGAGGGGAGCGAGAAGAGGAAAGGAGCGGAGUCGGGGAGGGAUUGCUGUAUCAUGGCUGUCACGGUGAAGGAAUCAAGCCUCUCCGAUGCUAAGAUUCGGUCGGUUGUGGAGGACAUCGAGAAUCGCAUCAAGCUGUGGAUGAGGGAGCACGAAUGCCACUUUUUUGCCGAGUUCCCUGUCCGUGUCUUCCAAGGAGAGAAAUGCCUGCAGCGAUUAAAUCAACAGGUUGAUAGUGAACUUAACCCCCAUUUGAACGUCGUCGUCUCGAACACGAAUAGGAUACACCCAGCACGUGCUCAUGCACAAUUAGACGAUAAGGCUCUGCUAGUCAUCGUCGCGUUCUCGUCGGUGAUGGUGAAGAGGGUUGACAAAACGUUCGGGUUUGGUUGGGAAUCCGCAGCUCUGGUAUGCAGAUCGCAGCACUGGGUUCUCUGUGUCGCUGCGCACGAUGAGAUUCUGACGACACAACUCGCCGCAGGUAACGACACUGCCCGCAGCGAAGACAAAUGUGGUCAGGACGUAGUCAUGAUACUAGAAAAUGACUUCGCGGAUUCUGGGGUGAAUCGCUAG